AUGCAGAAACUGAAUAAAAUUUUGAAAAUAUCUACGUCUAUCUAUCUAUCUAUCUAUCUAUCUAUCUAUCUAUCUAUCUAUUUUACAGCCUCUUUCCUACUGAUGAAGAUUCACAAGCACAUCCUGAUUCUUUUCUCUCACUCUCAAUCACUCUCUCUCUCUCUUUCACAUAUAAACUCUUUCUCUCUCUCUCUCUCUCUCUCUCCCUCUCUCUCCUUUUUCUCGUCUUCGAAUUCUCUCUUUUCCUCACCCAAGACCGACAUGCCUUGCUCGGUCUUCCCGUCAUUGAGACCUAUCCAUUUAGUACAGUCGCUAACAUUCGUCCCGCCAUUAUUACUACCGACUUCUGAGGAACGCGCUGUCGAAUUCGGAGGUCAGCUGAAUCAAUUCCGUACGGCAAAAAUCUCCGUUCGCACUUUGAGAUUUCGCGGUUUUCUCUCCUUCCUUCCUUCCUUCCUUCCUUCUAUCAUUCCUUUCUUCUUUCCUUCCUUCCUUGUAAGACUUAUGCUAUCACAGUCUUCUUUCUUUCUUUCAUUUUUCACUCUUUUUCUUUUCCUUCCUUCCUUCCUUCCGUCCGUCCGUUCCUUUCCUUCCUCCUAUCAUUCCUUUCUUCUUUACUUCCUUCCUUGUAAGACUUCAGCUAUCCCAGUCUUUUUUCUUUCUUUCUUUCAUUUUUCUCUCUUUUUCUUUUCCUUCCUUCAUUCCUUCCUCCCAUUCCUUUCCUUCCUUCUAUCAUUCCUUUCAUCUAUCCCAGUCUUCUUUCUUUCUUUCAUUUUUCAGUCGUUUUCUUUUCCUUUUCCUUCCUUCCUUCCUUCCUUCCUUCCUUCCUUCCUUCCUUCUGUUUUUCUUUCCGUUUUUCCUCCAUUCUUACUCUCUUUAUUCCUUCAUUCUUUCUUUCUUCGUUCCGUCCUUACCUCCUCCCUGCCUCCCUACCUUCCUUCCUUCCUUCCUUCCUUCCUUCCUUCCUUCCUUCCUUCCUUCCUUCACCCUACCUUCUUCCCUUCCAUCCUUUUGUUCCGGUUUUUAUCUCUUUCCUCUUUUCCUUUGUGCCUUUCCUUCCAUUCAUUCCUCCUUCUUUUAUUCCUUCCUCCCCCCCCUUCUUUCCUUCUGUUCUUCCUUUUUUCUGUUUUUCUUUCCUUCUGUUUUUCGUUCCUAACUUCCAUUCUUUCUUUUUUCUUAGUUUAUUCUUUCCUUCCUUUCUUCCGUCUGUUCUUCUGUCCUUAUCUUAUCUUUUUCCUCCAUUUCUUCUUUCCUUUCUUCCUUCCUUCCUUUAUUCCUUCUCCUUUCAGUGCAAUAUGCAGCAGUAAGUUCUUUCUUUCUUUAUUUAUUCUUUCUUUCUUUCUUUCUUUCUUUCUUUCUUUCUUUCUUUCUUUCUUUCUUUCUUUUAGUUUUGCUUUCUUGUUUUUUUCGUUUUUUUCUUUCUUUCUUUCUUUUUUUCUUUUGCUUUCUGUCUUUUCUGUUUUUUCCUUUUUUUCAUUUCUUUUUUUUUGCUUUCUUUUUUCUUUUUUCUUUCUUUCUUUCUUUUUUCUUUUUUUUUUUUUAGUUUUUUGUUUGCUUUCUGUCUUUUCUAUUUUUCCUUUCUUUCUUUCUUUCUUUCUUUCUUUCUUUCUUUCUUUUAGUGUUACUUGUUACUUUCUUCGUUUUUUCCGUGUAACAUUUCAGUUUUUGUUUGCUUUCUGUCUUUUCUAUUUUUCCUUUCUUUCUUUCUUUCUUUCUUUCUUUCUUUCUUUUAGUUUUUUGUUUGCUUUCUGUCUUUUCUAUUUUUCCUUUCUUUCUUUCUUUCUUUCUUUCUUUCUUUCUUUCUUUCUUUCUUUUAGUGUUACUUGUUACUUUCUUCGUUUUUUCCGUGUAACAUUUCAGUUUUUGUUUGCUUUCUGUCUUUUCUAUUUUUCCUUUCUUUCUUUCUUUCUUUCUUUCUUUCUUUCUUUCUUUCUUCUUUUAGUUGUGGAUUUUUGUUUUCUUUGUUCCUUUCUUCUUUCAUUUUUCUUUCUUCCUUUCCUUUCUUUCUUUCUUACUUUCUUUCUUUUUACUAUAUUCCUUUCUUUAUUUUUUUCUUUCUUUCAAUCAUUCUAUCUUUCAGUGUCACUUGUUAUGUUCACCAUUUCUCGGAUUUUUUAUUUCUUCCUUUUUCUUUCUUUCUUUCUUUCUUUUUUCUUUCUUUCUUUUUUUCUUUCUUUCUUUCUCUCUCUCUAUUUACCUUUCUUUCUUUCUAUCUUUCUUUCAAUCAUUCAGUGCUACUUUUUAUGUUUGCUAUUUCUGUGUAAAAUGCAGAUUUUUUCUUUUUUCCUUUUUUCUUUCUUUCUUUUUUCUUUCUUUUUUUCUAUUUUCCUUUCUUUCUUUCAAUCAUUCUAUCUUUCAGUGCUACUUUUUAUGUUUGCCAUUUCUUGUGUAAAAUGCGGAUUUUUCUUUCUUUCUUUCUUUCUUUCUUUCUUUCUUUCUUUCUUUACUCCUUUUAUUUAUUUCUGUAGAAUGUGUGAAUUUCUUUUUUGCUGUACUACAUGUUCUUCCGUCCUUCCUUCUUACCUUCCUCGUUUCUUCUUCCUUUCCUUCCUUCUUUCUUUCCUCCUUCAUCCCUUCCUUGCUUUCUUCCUUCCUUCCUGUCUGCCAGCUUUUCUUUCUUUUUUCCGAUGUUUCUUUUUUUCUACACAUUGA